AUGGCAGACAGUGAAUGGGAGACUGGCAAAAUUCUGGAAAAGAUGGAGCUGGAAGACAGGCAACUAGGCAGCAAUCUGCAAGAUUAUUCCACCGUGGCUUACUGUGACCAGAGCCAGAAAGUGCAGAAGGUGAUGGUGCAGACCAUCAACCUCAUCUUCGGAUACUUGAAAAACAAAUCCUGGAUUCAGGUGUGGCUUUAUGAGCAAGUGAAUAUGAGGAUAGCGGCCUGUAUCAUUGGCUUUGAUGAGUAUAUGAACCUUGUAUUAGAUUAUGCAGAAGAGAUUCAUUCUAAAACACAGUCAAGAAAACAAUUGUGUUGGAUCAUGCUAAAAGGAGAUAAUAUUACCCUGCUGCAAAGUGUCUCCAACUAG